CUCUCUCUCGCUCGCUCUCGCUCUCUCUCUCUCGCGCUCGGUAACCCGGACCGCCGCGAGCUCUGCGCUCCUGCAGCGGAGUUUUCUAUCCAUUUCUCCACUUUACGCGGGAAAGACUUCCGAGCCCGAGAGGAAGGCGAAGUUCCGGAUCGCAGCACCGCCUCUGAACGCACUCGUCUCGCUUUUAUCCGGUCGGUCACUCCUGCUCGAGACUCCAUCGCCAUGUCCGAGGUGCUGCCCUACAGCGAGGGGAAGAUGAGCGGCUACGGAGGGGACAACGAUGUCAGCCAGAUCUCGUUCAGCUGCAGGUUGCAGGACACGAACUCGUUCUUCGGAACGUCGCAGUCCAAAAGACCACCCAAACUCGGCCAGAUCGGCAGAGCCAAGCACGUGGUCAUCGAAGACGACCGAAUAGAUGAAGUCCUCAAAGGCAUGACAGACAAGUCCUCCCCGGGCGUUUAAAAGCGCGGAACGAUGCCUCGUCAAUGUUUUUCUUUUCAGUCACCGGUUUGAAGCACUUGUCGACUGUGCAUGUGAGCAGUGAGGAGGAGCAGCCGAGAAGGUUUUUAGGAGUCUCGACGCUGGAGGAGAAGCUGAGGAAGACGGGAGGAAGGGGCGAAGAGAGUGAGACGCUGUUGGGCUUUUAGCAGAGGGAUUUGCAGGCGAUUCUCCAACCCAAACCCAUCCCAAAAGCUGGCGUGCAGAAAGGUUACCAGCUCUUGUUUUCAUUCAGUUCUUUUUGUCAGUUCUGCACGAGCCAGUCUUCAUUCAGUCCGAGUUGACGGCUGGGUCUGACGUUUCAUCUCAUUUGAAGUCUUUUGAAGCCCUGCUUCUCCAGGCCAAAGGGGAACUGUCCGCUUCAGCACCACGACACAAUUUUGCUUGUAUUGGCAUCGUUUCCUAAAUACCAACAAUGCAACGUUCUUCGCUUGCAUGGAAAAGGCGAGUUGCAUCGAGAUGACAGAAGAUCUGAAAUUUGUCCUCCACGCGUCCAUUUCUGAAAAAUGUGCAUCAACCCAAACCCAAGCAAAGCAGCAGGUUAGAGGAGGAUGACAAAGGGUUGUUUUGGUGAGAUUUUAUGGUAAGGCAGUGUUCAUAAUGCUACAGUAGCACUUCAUGACAAGUGACAUAAACCUACAUAAAUAUUUACAAAAAUUUAUUCCAGAAGGUCAUUUCUCAAAAAAGUGACGGCAUUUUUCUGUCAUUUUCUGGGGUGGAAUUAUCCUUUCAAAAUGUCUAUGUAGAUCUAUAUCAGUUGUCAUGACAGGCCUAUGUAGGUGUCAUGCAGCCUUAUGAACACCACCCUACAAUAAAGCGUCACCAUUCAUUUCAACAGCCAACGCCAGCAAGGACGGUCUGAAGCAACGUGGAGUAAUAACAACAAUAAUCACGAUGAAAAGGACAAAGAAGGAGGAUAUCUUGUUGUUUAUUUUGUUCCAUCUCUCUUUUUUAAAUGAAUAUUUACGUUUGACGUCAUGUAUAUAGUAAUAAUAUCUCUUUGGUCUCUUUGCAUGAACUUUAAGCUCUUGUGCCAAUGUGGGUGUUUCCACCUCUCUUAAAAAACAAAAAAACAAAACGAGACAAAAAAACAGGCACGCUUCUUUUUACCGAAGUUCAUAUUUGUAUUUUUAUAACUAAAUAUUUGUUACUUAAGACGAUAUGCUAGUUUACUGAUCAACAGGCAGGGCGUGUGGCCGUUCAGAAGCAUAAAAACGAUCUCAUAAACAGACAAAGUGAAUGUUUUGGGGGGCUUUUGCACUCAUCAACACAUUACCCUUCUCCUGCAUUUUUCAGUACUCGGUCACAGUCUCUGUUGAUGAUGGAGUCGGUUUAGUUCAUUGAAUCAGUUUAGUUUAUUGCACUUUUUUUUCCAGCAGCAGUCAGAUAACACAAUGUUUUUGGAAAACUUUGAAGUUUUUAAUUUAUUAAUUUAUCUAUUCUGAUUUAUAUUAUUCUUUUGAAAAGGUCUAUGUAUGGUUUGUUGUGCAUGAACCUUAAUGUUUUCCAAAUAAAUAAACAUUUUAUUAAGCAAAAAACACAAAAAUUUACACAAGAAUGAACCAUUGUGUACAAUGAUGGCAUAUCACUGUACUUGGUGAAUGAAUAAAUGGGGACAGAAGCUGUCAAGACUGUU